AUGCGGAGUCUACUUAUCUAUCUGCUUCUCUGCGCUAUUGCAUUUGCAGGUGAGAGCUUCUGCUGGGAUUUGAGUUUUGCCUUUUAUCUACCUUUUUUCCAGAUGACACUGCUUUUCUUUGCUCGCAAGCUGACGCUCAGCUCAGUUGUGGACAGUGUAUCAAGAAACAUCCGGACUGCGCUUGGUGCACAGACCCCGUAAGUGAGACCUGAAAAUUGUCGGAGUAACAAAACGAGCGAAGAGUUUUAUAUAAACUCUCUCAAUUACUUAUACUAAAAAGACAUGCAACUUUCCAGCAUUCUACCGCCAAAAACCGAUGUCAAUUGAAAACGCUUUUCGUUAACAAUAGCUGUCAUCCGAGUUACGUAUACUCUCCUCCACAAGCUCAAGUCACAGUCUUAAAACCGGUACGUUGGAUUCAGAACUAAAUUAAAAUUUAUUGUGUGGUUGAGACGUAUCCCCUCGAAUCCACAAAAAGCGAUGGAACUGUAGUCCGGCUUGAACCACAACAAGUCUCAAUCAGACUCAUGCCAGGUGAUUAACUUUUUCUUUUUUUAUCAAACUUGAGAAAAAGAAGCUUUGCUUAAAAACUUUUGUGCAACUUUUUUUCAUUUUUUUCAAGUAAGAAGUCGUCAAAUGAUAAAAACUUUGCGAGAAUGAUUAUUAUAUUAUUGUGUUGAAACCGCAUUAUAUUGACAUAUUUUUUUCUUGUUUUUUUGCUGUAUGAUGAAUCCAGUGCAACUGGUCGAGCACUUCUGGCACUGAGCCCUGUUGUAAAGAUUCCGUCAUAAAAGCUUGUCGCCUAUUUAUUGCUCUCUUAUGGCGGCGGGACGCACUUUAGAAUGCGACAAAUUUUUUAUUAAGCUAGGAAAAGCAUAAACUAUAAGGUGAAACGUUGCAGGAAACGCUGUGAACGUUCCUUUCAAGUAUCUGAACCGAGCUGGCGCCACGACCAUGGAAAUUCAGACAUCUGAAUAUCAGAACACUGCUCUAAAACUUAAAUUUUUCAUCAAUUGUGAUGGGUGAUUUUCGAGACGUACAAUGAGAUAUUCAUUUUUUUUUGUAGAGCUGAAAAGGAAACAAAGACUUGCGCAGUUCGAGAAAAUCAGAUCGUCGAGUUUCGUGUUGAGGUAAUUUUUCAAACUUUGUUCUCAAUAUUUAUCGGAAAUCCAAAACUCAGAACAAGAAGCAAACCAAAUUUUUAAGAUGAACAUUUUUUUCACAAUUAACUCAUAGGUAUUUGAAAUUUCUAGUCAAUCGGAUUUUUGUAAUACUUUUCAGAUUUUCUAUGUUUUUGCAAUCUAAAAUUUUGCUGGGAAGCAACUCGAAAUCCGUUAAAGAUCUACUUCUUAAAGUAUCUCAUCGAUUUCGACUCAGAAGUGGAAUUAACUCGACAGAGAGCUUUGAAUCGAACUUUUUAGGCGACACUGGAGACGUGCUCUUCUCAAGGCGAUAUAACUCUUUCGCUAGGCGUCCGUGGGCAGCAAAUCAUCUCUGCUCUGUACGUGACCCCGAUCUGCGGCUGCGAGUGCGAGAAGCACAACGUGAGUUCUCCAGACCAGACGUCCGACCGACCGGAACGAUCUGCAGGAGCGCAACUCGCCGCUUUGUCACCAACACGGUCAUCUCAUCUGCGGCCAAUGCAUCUGCGACGCGUCGCGAGGCGGCGACAAAUGCGAGUGCGCCCUGUCGCUUUACGGUGUCUCGAGCUCUGCGCAACUUGACGCACAGUGUCGCGAGUGGGUUUAUCUUCUUUUCUGACAGCUUAUACCCCCAUUGAUCAUUUCUUACGGCUUCGGUCAAAGCUUUGAUCCGAGCGUUGUAAUAUAAACGAGAGAAGAAACUUAUCGAGCGAUGGUGUACAAUAGCGAUUUCUAGAGGAUCGGGCGGUGGUACUUGCUUUUCUGAUUAAACGGUUUCGGUGAAACAUAACUUUAGGUUCCACAAAGUUUUCCAAACAGAAUAAAACCAAUUUUUGAAUUUUUCUUGCUCUUAUGAAAAAAUGUCUGUAAUUACUCAUUUUAAAAAUUUUUCAGACCAAAAAUAGAAAAUGACUAACUAAAUAAUUAUUCAACAUAGAGUUAAUAUUUGCUAGCGAAAUUCCAGAAAAUAGUUCGAGAUUCAAUUCAUUAAAUAAUUGAAAAGUUCCCCUUAAAGGUGAAAACACAAAAUUUAUUUGCAGACCUGGGUGAAUUGUAGCUUUUUUGUUUAUAAGUAUUUUUUCGGCUCUCAAUUCAGUAGAGUUCUUCUUUUUUUCAAGUUUUCAGAUGAACUAACUUCGAAAAUCUGAAAACUUUCAGCGAAGAGUCUUCUGAAGUGUGCAACGGUCAGGGCGUCUGCCAAUGCGGCAAGUGUCGGUGCAAUAGUCCUACUGUAGGUUGUUCUCUUUAUUCAAGCUUUCUUCGUUGUUCACCGCAACAGCCGCCGCAACCAUUUAUCUUGUUCCCAAGGUGUUGUAAUCCACAGAAAAAGGUCGAUUACAAAAACAUCUAGUUUCUGUGGGAUAACAGAGGGUAGCAUCGACCCACGUAUAUGACCGAUACUUUUUCUAAGAGAGAAAAAAAAAACCGAUUUUUUAUUCUUUAAUCAAUAAAAUUAAAUUGUAGAUUUCUGGAAAGUUCUGCCAGUGCGACCAUACAUCUUGCCCGAAAGGAGCCAACGGUCAGAUUUGCUCUUCCAAUGGAGUUUGCGAUUGCGGAAAGUGCAAGUGAGAAAUUGAACUUGAAAAAAAACUUUUAUUCAAACUGCAGAUGCGAAGUUGGUUGGGAGCGUGAAGACUGUUCUUGCUCGACAGCCAACUCAAACUGUCUAGAAAAACAGCGUAAGUAA